AUGUGCGUUAUCAAUCGCUGUUCAAAUAUAUACCCCAAUUCAAUAAUUAAAUCAAAAUAAAUAUUUUCUAAAUAAAACAUUUAGCAAAGACGGAAGUGAAUGAACAACAAUUAUCCUGCUUUUGAUUCAUGUAGGUUGUACAGAAUGGCCGCUGCAGCAGGCAUCAACAAACAGGGCGCCCUAGCCACCAUGGACACCUGUGCUCGACACGGCAGGGGAGCUCACGGGAGCACGGUCAAGGUACUUGAGUGCGGGGUAUGCGAGGACGUGUUCUCUCUUCAAGGGGAUAAAGUCCCUCGACUUCUACUCUGUGGUCACACCGUGUGCCACGACUGUCUUACCCGGCUGCCCCUUCAUGGCAGGGCGGUUCGCUGUCCCUUUGACAGACAGGUCACUGAGCUAGGAGAUUCUGGUGUAUGGGGCCUGAAGAAGAAUUUUGCUCUGCUUGAGCUGCUGGAGCGGCUUCAGAACGGUGCGUCCAACCAGUCUGGUAUAGCAGAGGACGCCCUGAAAAGCAUUGGAGAGUGCGUCAUCCGCUGCGACGAGGACGAGAGCCACACAGCCUCCAUGUACUGCACGGUGUGCGCCACGCAUCUGUGCGCCGAGUGCUCCCAGCUCACACACUCCACGCGCACCCUCGCCAAGCACCGGCGCGUGCCGCUGGCCGACAAGCCCCACGAGAAGACGCUGUGUCCCCAGCACCAGGUGCACGCCAUCGAGUUUGUGUGCCUGGAGGAGCCCUGCACCACAGGCCCGCUCAUGUGCUGCGUCUGCAAGGAGUACGGCAAGCAUCAAGGACACAAGCAUAGCUUGCUGGAGUCGGAAGCCAACCAGAUCCGCGCGUCCAUCCUGGACAUGGCCCACUGCAUCCGCUCCUUCACAGAGGAGGUGUCCGACUACUCCCGCAAGCUAGUGGGCAUCGUGCAGCAGAUCGAGGGAGGGGAGCAGAUGGUGGAGGACGGCAUCGGGAUGGCCCACACUGAACAUGUAAAGCUAUCUCCCCUGGUGCCGGGCACGGCGGAGAGCGCGCGGUCCUGCGUCAGGGCCUACUUUGCGGACCUCCACGAGACGCUGUGCCGGCAGGAGGAGAUGGCCCUGAGCGUGGUGGACGCCCACGUCCGGGAGCGGCUGAUCUGGCUCCGGCAGCAGCAGGAGGACAUGACCAUCCUGCUGUCCCAGGUGUCCACCGCCUGCUUGCACUGCGAGAAGACUCUACAGCAGGACGACUGCAGAGUUGUUCUGGCCAAGCAGGAGAUCAACUGCCUGCUGGAGACCCUGCAGAAGCAGCAGCACCAGUUCACUGAGAUAGCGGAUCACAUCCAGCUGGACGCUGGCAUCCCCGUGACCUUCACUAAGGACAACCGAGUGCACAUUGGCCCCAAGAUGGAGAUAAGAGUGGUCACUUUAGGGCUGGAUGGAGCAGGGAAGACGACUAUCCUCUUUAAGCUUAAACAAGACGAGUUCAUGCAGCCAAUCCCUACCAUCGGUUUCAACGUGGAGACGGUGGAAUACAAGAACUUGAAAUUCACCAUCUGGGAUGUGGGCGGCAAACACAAGCUCAGGCCACUAUGGAAACACUACUAUUUGAAUACACAAGCGGUGGUGUUUGUGAUUGAUAGCUGUCACAGGGACAGACUGAUGGAAGCCCACAGCGAGCUAGCUAAGCUUCUGACGGAGAAGGAGCUGAGGGAUGCGCUUCUGCUCAUAUUCGCUAACAAACAGGAUGUACCGGGGGUGGUGUCGGUGGAGGAGAUGACGGAGCUCCUGAGCCUCCACAAGCUGUGCUGCGGGAGGAGCUGGCACAUCCAAGGCUGCGACGCGCGCAGUGGGAUAGGCCUCCACGAGGGCCUGGACUGGCUCUCCAGGCAGCUGGUGGCCGCUGGGGUCCUGGAUGUGGCCUAAACUCCCUUCCAUCCCUUAUCUGGGUCCUGGAUGUGGCCUGAACCCCCCUUCCAUCCCUUACAGUAUCUGGGUCCUUCCUUCAGCUUUACCUACUCUAUAAACAAGCACCAAAACGGUCUCUUCUGCUCAUAAUUCCGAAUACGCAAAUGACUACUGCGUGACUGAGUUCUAUCCGGCUUAACGCCUUCCAAUACUAAUACUCGUUUACUCUGGAGUAAUCGCUUAUGUAAGAACUUGAUGGCUGAUGCCACUGAUAAAGAGGAUUUGACACAUGGAAUUAAAUUCCACCUGAAUAUUUUCAUCAAUCGUCCAUAAACACAAACCAAACCUAAGAGCUCACAGGUUUCCUAGUGGACUCCCGGUGAAAGUGUUGACUUGUUUAGGAACCUCUGUGAUGCUUAUUUACUUCCAACUUCAUGACAUCCUUAAUGUAUUUACUCUUGGUGAAAUGUAUCCCGCCACUAACAGUUAAUUAUAUCUGUGCUUGGGUUUUAUGUUAGCCUUCAUAAUCAAUGUAAAGAGUAUGGAUCAAUGACUCAAAAUACAAGACGUGGUUUAUAUGAACGCACUUUCGCUGUUCUAGCAUGGAACAGCAAAAAGCAGCACAUGAACAAAUGUAGUAUUAGUUGAGAUUGACAUUUUUCUUAUUUCAGUGUACUGACCAAGGGGUUACGGCAGAGGGUGUGCUUCUUAAAAUCCUUUGUUUACCAAACCCGGGUUUCUCUGAGGUGUGUGUGUGUUUCCUGAGUUACUUUUAUUCCAAGUGUAAGAACCUAUUUAAUGCCACAGCUGGUCUCUAAAUGGCACGCGAUUUGGUUUGUUACCUAUUUGCAUUGGUUUGUAUUGAAUCUAAUGUUUCCGUUACUGAAGGUUAAAAAUGGGGAAUAGUGGCAGUAGUGAGGAAGGAAAACUUAUGACAGUAUGCUGCCUUUGUAAGUGGCGCUUCUUAUUUGAGGUUGAUCUGAAUGCACUUGUCCACUUCCUCUGCCUCUAAGGACUAACUAUCUGCUGUCCAUUGUGUUGCAAACAUUUUUCAGUCCCUUUUUCUCACUGCCUCAUUGAGUAUGACCUGUGAAAAACCUUUGAAUUAACGUACAUCGAUAUCUAAGUAGAUGUGAAACGUAGUCGUGCAUUAACAAUGUUUUAUAUUGCAUAUUAAGGAGCCAUCAUUUGGUUAGAAGUGUCAUUGCUAUGUAAUGUUUAUAACUUGUAUCUAUGUAAAGAAAAAAAUAACCUGCAUGUACGCAAUGCCUUUCCCCCCCCCCCCCCCCCCCUUUUUGUUCCUUAGUUUUGUUAAUUGUGGGGAUUGCCCUUUAUCUACACAUAGAAGCACAGCACAGUUAAACCAUCAAUUCCUUAUACCAUUGGACUUGAUAAUGGCUUUUUGUAAGUUAUGUGAAGCUGUAAAAUAAAGUUGAACUCCUGCCUGGA